AUGGCACCAAGCCUCGAGCAAGACUAUGAAGCGUCUGAUGUGAUCGAGGAGAAGGAGCGGCCGACCACAUCGGCUCUCUCAACGCGAGGAUGGAAGAAGUUCAGGCGAUCAGCCCCUACUCGGAAGAGCAAUCAGAUCCACAUACGUACCAUCGACCCACCGGCUGAGUUCGGGAAGGUGAAAGUAAUCGCCUAUCGUGACCUUGAGGCCAGGAAGCUGGGCCAACCUGAAUACGAGCUCGGGGUUGGCGUCUCGUCCGUGCCUAUCUUCCCGGACAAGCGAGGCUUCGUCGACUUAAUCCCACAUCUUGUCCAAAUCCAAGGGGGAUAUUCGCUCCCCGAGGAUCGCCAUUGUAUCGGCGAUGUCUUCAUAACGGUUAUUCACUGUGCAGUGGACGAACUCGAGUGCCUUAUGGGAGAGAAUACGAGAAUACUCUGCGAGCCCCAUACAACCAUAGUCGUCCCUGAAGGCGUUCGCUUCAGCUUGUACAAUAAAUGCGUGAACGAAGAUGCGGUCAUAUGUAUCUUAUCAAGGCUAGCUCAUUGCCCUUCCCACCCGAUGGUCCAUUCCUCUACCUCGGUCGACGGAGACAGCAACCUGGAGUCAUCGGCCCUUCCACAUACGGAGAGCUGUGACUACGUUGUGCCGUUGUUGAUGACAGCUGUGGUUAUCCUGGGGGCCUUCAACAACCUCUUGGGCCGUAUGCGUGCUGUCCCACUGGGUGAGUACGACUUCUUCACUGCUGUUCUCAACGCUCUUGUUUACGUUAUCGUUUGGAGCAGUAUAUUCCUCACCCGACGGUAUGCUCUGAGAGUGACCCCAAAGGAGCAAGCAGAUUUCGUAUGGUCAGUUCAUGGGAAAUGGAAUUUGCUUAUGUUCGGCGGCCUAGGGGAUGCGAUCGGCGGCUUGCUGGGCUUCAUUGGCCAGCCGUAUGUCAGUGGAGUGAUGUAUUCGCUGAUGAACCAGGCUAUAGUAAGAGUCUCGGGUCCUCGAUCAUUCCAGCCUCCUAGCAGUGCUUCCCAUUCGGACCCCUUCAUGGCGGCUCUGAUUGCCCUCAGCACCUCCGGGAACGCUCUCUCCUUCGUCCUCAAGGAGAAGGUAUUCCGAGCGUUCGUAGCAUGGCAGACGUCAGCCGCUCGUGAGCCACUCCUAGCAGACCAACGGUACAGCGGUUACAUCUGCGUGAACCUCCUGUACAACGCAGCGUUGCUCUUCCUCGUGCAAAGAGGCUCAGCACUGUUGGCAUUCGUCAGCCUUAAGGCUGUCACGCCGGCCUCGGCUAUUCUAUUCUCUAUCGACUGGCCGGUGCUUGGACCUUCUACUGUGACCUGGUUAGACUGGGUCGAGGUCGUUCUGGUCACCGUCGGGAUCGUAGCCUUCCGGGCGGGAAAUCUUCGCAAAGAGGAGUAUAUCAGACAAGGCCAGAAGAAGAUUUGUAUGGCCUAA